CGGCUGGAGGGGCAAGUGCAUACUAACAAGCAAGAGAGCAGGGGAUCACAGACGGGACAAGUUCAAAGUCCGAGGGAAAGGCAGGACUGGACCACACUCCGGGGGGGGGGGGCAGGUCAAGGAGUCCUGGGAGUGGGAGCGGAAGUGGACGAUGAACGAUGAUGGAUGAUGGAGGCAAGCAAGCAAGCAAGCAAGCAUGGUUGGUGUACGGUGGCCUUUGCGGCUGCCGCGCCUCGGCCAAUCAGCGCCCCGCGCCCUAGCCGACUCUCAACCACCAGUCACUACGGGGUACUUCGAGAGUCCCUUAUGUUUCGGACGAGUCUGACUUUUAUUUGGAGGUUUGGGUCAUUUCUACGGCACAGAGAAUCGUGGUUGUUGCGAGCACAUGCUUUAUCGCAGGGCUGUCUGCUGCCUGCUUUCUCCUGUCUGCUGUCUGCCGUCCGGUCUCUGCCUGGCACCUGCAGGAGGUCCUAUGAUCUCAUCCUGGCUCAUAGGGAGGCUACUCAUAUCAUGAUACACUGCGGUAGACCUCAGCGGUGUUUGAUAUCUGUCUGUUUAUCGGUAUUGGACAACGCUCUGUGGUCUUGAUCUGCCUUCGGUGGGGGGUUGCAAUAUAUAUGCUAAGCUA